UGUAAAGAUGGUAGCGCCCAGUCUUUUAUGCCUAAGAGUGGUCAAAUAGAUUUUUUGUCAUUCACUCCAACUCGUAGACGGAUACUACAUUCCAGCUUAGGAGUUGGGUGUAACGGUUCAGGAUUUUUCAGGGUCAUGUCCGUUUUCUGGGAAGAUGCCACAGGUAUUCUUGCCGUGAAUGUUGCAAUGUCAGCUGCAGCAUUUCUGGUCACAUGGUCAGUCAUACCAAAAUUCCGGGACAUGUUUCUAAUGGCUGGAUUUUUUGGUGUAGACAUGAAUAAAAGAGGGAAGGAAAAGAUACCUGAGUCAGCUGGUGUAAUUGCCGGAGCAAUCUUUCUUUGUGUGAUGUUUUUGUUUAUUCCUGUUCCCUUUCACCGGCAUCUGACAUAUGAUGGUGCUGGGCCAUUUCCACAUAAUGUUUUUGUGGAGUUCAUUACAGCAUUACUAUCGAUAUGCUGCAUGAUCUUCCUGGGAUUUGCAGACGAUGCAUUGGACUUAAGGUGGCGGCACAAAUUGAUGCUUCCAACUCUCGCUACCCUACCAUUGCUUAUGGUCUACUUGACAAACUUUAACUCGACUGUUAUUAUCGUGCCAAAGCCAUUCAGACUGUACUUUGGACAUGAUGUUGACCUACAAAUUCUGUACUACGUAUAUAUGGGGAUGCUGGCAGUGUUCUGCACUAAUGCUAUCAACAUCUUGUCCGGUCUAAAUGGCUAUGAGGUGGGACAGUCACUAACUAUUGCUGCCUCAAUAAUUAUUUUCAACUUGAGUGAGUUAUCAGGUGAAUGUAGGGAUGCCCAUUUGUUUUCACUCUACAUUAUGAUUCCAUAUGCUGCUGUCACGUUGGCACUGUUUUAUCACAAUUGGUACCCUUCACGGGUCUUCGUCGGAGACACGUUCUGCUAUUUCUCGGGCAUGACCUUUGCUGUCGUUGGCAUCCUCGGCCACUUCAGCAAGACGAUGCUUCUGCUGUUCAUCCCACAGGCGGUCAACUUUGUCUAUUCGGUGCCACAGCUGUUCCACUUGCUGCCCUGCCCACGACAUCGCAUGCCCAGGUUGCUGGACUCCGAAGACAAGCUGACGGUGAGCGUCGUCGCGGUGAAGAGGCGUGACAUCAGCUUCCUCGGACGCGCCACUCUGAAGCUGUUUUCGGCGUUGGGCAUCGCCAAUGUUACAGAGGGCGCCGGCGAGGAUGGCGCCUUUAUGCAGUUCGACAACCUGACGCUGAUCAACCUGCUGUUGUCAUUCAUCGGCCCAACGCACGAACGCACCCUGGUGGUCUAUCUACUGCUGCUGCAGGUGUCGUGCAGCUGUGUUGCAUUCUUCGUGCGCUACCCGCUUGCUCGGAUAUUCUACGACGCGUGAGGGAGACACAGAGCUAUCUUACUCCCCUGUCGCAUGGGUGGGAGCUAUCAUCUGAGCAUAUGGCUCUGUGCUCAGCUGAUUAUUCUUGUUUGUGGCGGACUUAAAACGAGGCACUUUGUGAUCUACCCAAUCACAAGAAUUUUCCACGGGCAAAGGGUUGUUAUGUGCAGCACUCGUUUUGUUGAGUCGUUCAAUCAAAACCGAUUAGAGCAGGGAAGGGUUUCUGUUUUGUACAAAGACUAUAGUAACCUAGAUGGCUGAUGUGCAAUGCCAUAUGUCAUUCAUUAGUCAGAGACUGGCUCUCAUGCCUUUGCUAACUCUUAUACGUUUCUGUUAGGAGCUUAUACGAGAAUACUUGUGUAACUUUUGGCAUUACUUUCAGUUAAAUUAGGUUUAAUUAAAUUAUGCUACAUAUGACUGAUUUUUAAGGAAGUAAAUAAAUAAUGAAAUAUUUUACAAAGUGGCAGUAGGUAAUCAUAGGUAUUCAUAACUGCCCCCUCGUUCAUGCUAUUUCCUUACAGUUAUGUUGGGAAUUGCAUCAAUGAGGUUUUGUAUCACGUUUAAAAUGAAACGGAUGUAGGAUCUGUUAUUCAAUAGGAUAUUAAAUGGUAAGAAGUGGUAUGUAGCAUAAAUAGGGCUCAUUAUAACAUCAUGUUAAAAGCUGGGCCCCGUUCUCAAAAAUAUCGUAAGUAGUUAUGACUAUUGUAAGUUUUAAAUCAUAACUUUUUCACAACAUUUUCCUUCAAAAGUUAUGACAUUUUAGACUUGCGAUGUCGUAUCUACUCGUGAUGUUUCCGGUUAUGCCCCCACUGGACUCGUGUUGUUAUAAGUGAACAUAUUGUUGAAAGCUGGAGCCGUGUCAUCAUUUCUUGGAUGUCUUAUGUACCCGUAGAGUAAUCGAGACAAAUCAUGUAUAACUGUUAUAUUAUGAUUAGUAGGCUUCCCCAUCUUCAACCUGAGAUGGUUACGUCUUUUGAUAUGCACUAUCUCGUCCACGUCUAGCUCUGUAUGCAAUGUCAACUUAAGGCCACUUUGUGAUGGCAUUUUCACUGAGGUACGUGCAGAACUGCCUGAAAUAAUUGCGAAAAAAUGCGUAACGACAAACGGUCUUCAUGUGCACGCGACAUACAACACCAUUACUAAGCAGGGUAUCCAGAUUCAUUUAAAUGUAGAAAUAUGCUAAACCAGCUUGCAGGAAACAUUGCUUAAUUCCACUUAAUUAAUUUAGUGUAUACAAAUAGGUAUGGAGAAUAUUGUCUCAUUUUGUCCAUGAAUCUAUGAUGUGUCGCAGUUAUAUAAAACAAUUAAGAGUAUGUCUAUGGUUUCUAAUAUGAAGCUAAAGUUUAAUAUUUAUUUUCAUCUGUCAUAAUAAUAAGUGUUGAUAGUAUCUAUUGUCAAAAUAACUUGGUACGCUAUAGCUUUUUGACAUUUUAUGUAAAUUUCGCCAUUUUAUUAUAUAAAUAUCGUGUGUAGAAUGCUAUUUCAAGUUGCUGGGUGUUUCUAUUCAUCCGUUUCUAACGUGUAAUAAGAUUUGUUAGUGUUAGCUCUAGGUUAUAAUAAGCGGCUGGUAACGCAGCAAGCGUUACAAAGCGCGAGUUCGAGGCAAGGUCGUAAUACGUUUACAACUGUUUAGUGUUUACAGCGUACUGACGUUUAUCUAUAAACGCUAUAGGAUUAUAUAAAUAUAACAAUUAAUAUAAUAAAAUAUUAAUAUAAACAACAUAAA